AUUGGAACAGACACUUGAAACAAAACUCUACUCUUUUGUGCUCCCAUCGUUUUCUAGGGUAACCACGGCGCCACUUGAACAAGUGCGGCCAUAUCCAACCAUUUUCUUCCCUUCUCUUCUCAGAUUGCUGGUGUGGUGCUUUCCUUUAAUCCUAAGCCAAUUAAGAUGGCUUUUAUGCCUGGACUUCAGCGCCUACUUCGUCACACCCCACUUCUUCCUUCGCACCAUGAUUCCAUUCGUUUAGCCUCAACUCUCACUUCACCCAAACUUUUCGUCAGCGGUCUCUCUAGAUUAACAACAGAUGAAAAACUUAAGGAAGCAUUUUCUUCAUUUGGGCAACUGGUUGAAGCUAAAGUGAUAACUGAUAGAGCCUCUGGAAGAUCAAAGGGAUUUGCCUUUGUUACCUAUACAAGCAUAGAAGAAGCUGAAAAGGCUAGAGAAGGAAUGAAUGCUAAAUUUUUGGAUGGAUGGGUUAUAUUUGUUGAUCCUGCUAAACCAAGAGAGCCCAGACCUCCUCAGCAUUCACGGCCCCAACCCUCUGAAUCAGGUUUCACUAUUAACAAAACAGUUGGGUGGUGUGGUUGAGUACUAAACAAACUUUAACUAUGGUUACCAUAUUUGGAUGAUAUUUUAGAGACUUGUUCAAUUAUACUACAAUUUGUUGAAAAAUAUUUGCAUCAAAUAGUUAAAAUUUACUAUUAAA